CCUUCUUUUCCUUGGUAGAAAGUGGUGUCACUUGGGCUUCUAAGGCACACUUACACGAACAGGUAAGCAUCUGCCAACAGCCUCAAGCCUAAUUCUUCUAGCAUUUUCAAAUGCUGGGCACCUCUGUAAUCAAUCCAUUCAAGAGCAGAUUGCCUCCGGAGAGGAAAUGAAACAAAUAGCUUAUGGAAGAGUAGCAGAUCCAAGAACACGAAUCAAGUCCCGAGUCUAGGCCAGGCUUCUUUCGGCUAAUUGAUGAACAAAGUUAAAACCAAUCCCAGCAUCUCAAUAAUGCUCGCUGCCUGGCUUAAACAGCAAUAGAGAAGUCCUGACAGCCCCCAGAGUAGAAUGAUUUCAGAACUCUUUGUGUGUGUGUACAUGCGCGUGUGUGUGUACGUGCGUGUGCACGUGCAUGCAAGAGGGGGGUGGCCAGGCUUUCAGGAUCCAGAGGGCCCUUCCAGGCACAUGUGGUCAAUGGUCUGUCAGUGCAUAGAGUCAGCUCUACUUUUCUUACAAACCAACCCAAUCUGAAACCAAACAGGAGGAACUGGUGGCAGAGGGCCUCUGGGCCUUGCGUAGGCACUGGGAGUGGUGCUUCUGAGUAGAGGCUUUGCAGUCAGACAAGCAUAUUAACUGUUUGGCCUUAGGCAAGUAGCUUAGCUUUUCUGCGUCUCAGUAGAAGACUCUGUUAUACGGGAGAAACACCCACCUCACUGCACUGUUGCGAAGAUUAAGCACAAGAGAGUGUGCCAACCACUUAGCAACUGGUCUGCGUGCUAGUAAUACCUGGGGGCUGUGGUGGUCUGAGACGAGGAUUCUGGAGAGCAGAGGAUGGGGCACCGGAGAGCUUCAGCACUUCGGGUGUUCAUGCCUAAUGUUUCCACAAUUCAAAGGCAAGUUUAGAAGGUGGAAGCAAUGUAAGCAAAAGGUGGUAUGUCCAUACAGUGGAGUAUUACUCAGCCUUAAAAAGGGAGGGAAUUCUGACACCUGCUACACACGACAGAUGACACCUGAAGAUGUUAGGCUAAAUGAAAUCAGCCUGUCACACACACACAAAAAUACCAUACGAUUCCAUUUACGUGGGGGACCUGGAGUAGUCACAUUCAUGGCGACAGAAUGGUGGUUGCCAGGGGCUUGAGGUGGGGCAAAAGGAGAGUUGUUUAAUAUGUAGUUUCAGUCAGGGAAGACGAAUUCUGGAGAAAGAUGGCACACAACGGUGUGAAUGGGCUUAAUGCCCCUGAACUGGACACUUAAAAAUGGUUAAUGUCAAUUUUAUGGCCUUUCUGGUGGUGACGACCUGCCCAUAAGAAUAUGCCCCUCACGAAGGACCUUCUCCACCCAUCCCUGGAAGAGGAGAAGAGGAAGCACAACAAGAAGCGCCUGGUGAAGAGACUCAACUCCUGCUUCAUGGACGUGAAAUGCCCGGGAUCCUACGAAGUUACUACCGUCUCUAGCCACACACAAACCGUAGUUGUUUGCCGGCUGUCCCUCUGCCCUUUGCAGCCCACAGGAGGAAAAGCAAGGCUUACAGAGGGAUGCUCCUUCACACAGAAGCGGCACUAAAAGCACCCAAAAUGAAGAUGAGUGGGAAACUAUCCCAAUAAACACAUUUUGGAUUUUAAAAAAAAAUGUCGGGGCGCCUGGACGGCUCAGUCGGUUAAGCAUCUGACUCUUGAUUUCAGCUCAGGUCAUGAUCUCGGGGUCCUGAGAUUGAGCCCUGCAUCGAGCUGCGCAUUGGAUUCCGCGCUCUGCAGAGUCUGCUUGUCCCUCUUCUUUCCCUUACUCUCAGCUCUCUCUUUUCCUU